UGCAUUGCUGUACGAUCCACAACAGUUCCGGCUUAAGCAGAGCCAGGCAGAGUUUAACUCAUUGUUUGCUGCAAGUUACAUACAAUUACCUAAGGAUGUCCCUGGUAGUAUCUCAGGGUGAGGAUGAGACGGUUAUCACCAUCAAAUUAAACCCCAAAAGCAAAUGGCCCAUUUGGCUUCAGUUUCUGCGCAGAUUCUGCUACAGUCCAGAACAUGAUAUGUCUCAGGAUAUGAAAGGAAAGCAGACUGACAUCCAAACAGCCUUCAGGAUUGUACAGAUAGUAGUUACAGUCAUGAAUUUGGCAGUAGGUUGUCUCGGAUUUACUUUCUUUUUUAUUGCUUCAUCUUGGCUGAGGGACAUGGUGACUUAUGGAGAACUAGAUACAGCUUCAAUAAUUUUGUCAGUUCUUCAGUUCUGUGUAGCUAUUGCUUUCUGCAUUUUGACUCUGAAAUCUUUGUGCAAGAGAAGUGGGGGUGCAAAGUCAGUGAAGCACACAACAUCAGAAGCUGCACCUGGAGAAGAAGUGCAACGUUCAGCGGCAACGUUCUGUUUUCAGCAUGCAAAAUUGAUUCUCAGCCAGAUCAGAAGUCUUAUAGUGUGUGAGAACACAAAAGAAGAUAUUUUGAAGAAUGUUGGUAACCAAAAACCACUUGUACCCAUUGACUCUUAUUGUAUGGGCAUAAAACCAUUUAUUCUUGGCCUGGUCAAAAGUCUCAGUGUGUGUGAGGAUAUGAAGGGAACAUUUACAGACACUCACACAGCUCUCGGAGUUGUACAGAUAAUAAUUGGUGCUGUGAAAAUGGCAUUAUGGUGUUUUGGCCUUACCUUAUACAUUUGGUUUGGUCCUAUGUUCCUUGUAGCUGGAAUCGUGUGUAUUUUUGCAGUGAAGUUUCCAAGUCAUGUUUUGCUGGUCAUCGCAGAGAUUCUGAACAUAAUCGGUGCUGCUCUGUCGAUCACAGCUGUUGUGCAGCUUUCAGUGGAACUGACAGUAAUGAAGAGUUCAAAUUAUUAUGAAGAUUGUUAUCCUCCUUUUGCCUACAGUCACUUUAGAACAAUUUCCCAUGAAGAGGGAAAUAACAUUGACGCCUGUAUUCAUUACAAGAACUUUAGUAAGGAUUUUCAAGGAGGCAUACAUAUCAUGAUGACUGUAUUAGCAGCUCUUCAGUUCUGCGUAGCCAUGAGUUUCUGUGCUUUAACUAUGAAAGCUUUGUGCAAAAAGGAUGGGAGUCCAAAGUUUGUUGAGGAGCCACAAGCCCAAAAGCCACUCAUGCACGCUGAAAAGUCAUAUAUUGUUGUUUGAACAUACUAUUGGAAGUAACUGCUGUUAACUCUCAAUGAGGAGGAAAAGGGAGUUAUUUAUUAUAAGCAGAUUUCCACCAGUUGAAACAUCAUAAUCAUAUCGUUGAUGUAAAAUUAAUGUAUGUUUUUUUAAACUUUCUCUGAAAUUUUUGUUACUUAAAACCAUACUUUGGGCCUGUUUUAUUAAUAAAAGUCUACAGCACUUGA